CGAAGACCAGCAGCUGUGAGGUCUUGGCGACAUGAACUCCGCUGGCAUCAACCACGAGCAGCUACGCACCGCGUGGCCGGUCUACUCUGCCUUCUCUGGCUCUCUCGAGCCGGUCGACCCCGCGGGCAUGGAGGUGCUCCGCUCCGUCUAUGUGGCCAGCUGGCUCGCUGACGCCGCGAUGCUCGUGGAGGCGGACGACUCCGGCCGCGAUCUCACAUUUCGAGGCUCCGCCGUGAGCCACAUCGUGCUUGCUCCGCCGCUGGCGCCGCACCAGCUCCUCGCGCUCAUUGCUGCGGCGUGGAGCGCCGACCGUUGGUACUCGCUGGUCGAGAGCGAUGGUGUGCCGACGCCGCCCAGCUCGCUCCUCCGGCUUCGCGCCGGCCAGCCGCUGGCGACGCUGCGCGACGCGAUAGAGUCCUCCAUCGCGCGGCUGGGCGGGCAGGCCUUUGUCCGCAUGGACCAUGCUUCGAGCAAGACGGUCGUGCCGUGCUCCAGCUACGACGCGGUCGAGGCGAACCUGCGGUGCAGCGAGCGAACGGCGGCGCGGCUUCGCGGAAUCGAGGUCGGAGCGGCAGCGGACGGGCCAGCGGAGGGGUACGUGAUGCUGCGUCGCUGGGUCGACGACCUGCAGCAGACGCACCUCGAGGCGCGGGUGUUUGUCCAUGCGGGCGUUGCGCGCGGGGUCAGCCUGACGGUGCGCCAGCACAGCCGGCUCGGCGAAGCGGAGGAGCGCGCGUGCAUCGCUUGCCUCGCCUCGCUCAAGCGAGCGUUGCGAGCCUUUGCCAAACGCGUCAUUCUUGCGACCGAGUACCGCGACUGCGUCCUCGACGUGGCGGUGCCGAUCGCGGCACUCGACGCGGCGCUCCACGCAGCGAAUCGGCCGUCCGGCAUGCCCUCGGCGGAGGCGGAGCUGCUGGCAGGCUUGUGGCUCGUGGAAUGCAACACGCCCGUCUACCUGCUCGCCACCUCGGGCUGCUUCGACCUGUCCAAUGAGGCGGAUAGGGAGAUCCUGUGCGGCGACGCCGUCGACGCAGAGGUUGUCCUGCCGGUGCUCCUCGCGGAGUUUGAGUGGAGGACGUGGAGGAUCGAGCUUAGGCAGUGAGGGGUGAGCGAUACGUAAGGGGUAAGGUACA